AUGUUUUUAUAUGGUAGCAAAAACACUAUCGCGGCUUUUGAAGAUCUUUCGCUUUGGGAGCUCGGAGUGUACGAAUGGAGUAAGAGUUAUAACGAAAGAUCUCUCAGCGACGACUCGUACAAUUUCUUAGUGCAACUCUUGGUCUUUGGUAAUAACAUUUUGGACAUGGAAAUCAAUGCUGAUAAUAGAAAAGUAGCUCCAUAUUUUGGAGCAGGAUUUGCUCUUAUGAUCGCAAUUGUUGUCUUUUGUGUAUUCUCCGGUGCCUACUAUAAUGAUGCUUUAGAUUUUGGCAAAAUGCUUGAACCUUUGAUCAAUGAUGGUUGGAUGGCCUGCCCUCCUCAUGGUGCAGGCUCAUGGCCAAGUUACGAAGAGAGCAUUGUUCUAUUAUCUAAGUUGCCCGGCAAAAUGGGUGCGUAUCGACUGUGA